AUCCGCAUCAAAACCGUACAUAUACAUAUUGUAGCAGUAAACUCAAUAAAACAGAGCAAGCAUGUGUCGAAAACUGUUUUUGAUUCCCGUGCCUGUAGUGAUUUUCUUCGUCAUCGGUUACAGCGAGGCAAUACGCUGCUUCCUGUGUGCCUUUCCGGAAGACGGAUGCGAUGACAAGUUUAGCAAGGCUCAGAUGACAACAGACUGUGAUCAGUGCUACAAAAGCAAAGGCACAAACAAAUCGGAGAAAACCGUCGUCAGGGGUUGCUUGGAAAUGAAAUAUCGCAAAAACGGCUUCUUCUCACAGUCCUCUGACGACGAGAGCGGCGAGGUCUGUCUCUGCGAGAGGGAUUUAUGUAACACAGCGUCGGCGAAGAUUGGGCUUGACAUAUCGCUCGUAUUGGUAGCAACCGCAAUACAUUUAUUAUGUGCUCUAUAUAAAACAUGA